AACCCAGAUGCAGUGUAAUGUAGGGAAAACCCCUAUCUUGGCAGAUAAACCUGUGAAUAUAAAUCAAGUCAAUGGAUGCUCAGAAUUUUCCUCCUCCAGCGUCUACUAUCUCCCCCAGAGGUCAACCUCUCCUGAGCCGUCCUCCUGAACAACAGUUGAUGUCGUCUUUGCCCCCUGGGGGGCCUCCGUCUAUUUUCCCUCGUCCUCCCCCCCACACAGGUCUGAUCCCCCGUCCUGGAAGCGAUCCCCACCACCCCCCACAAGCAGGUCCUGGUUUUGUCCCCCGACUGCCGCUACUGGAUGGACGACCUCAGCUACCAUUCCCCCCUCCAUUGAGGUCACCCCUCGGCCCACCCCCCCUCGGGUUACGCCCACUAAUGGGCGGCAUGAUAGCACCACCACAACGACCCCCACAACAACCCCCUAAUGACAUGGCGUCCCCUGAGAACCAGAAAGAGGUGUGGUUUGAGCACAAGAUGGGAGAGGGAAAGGUUUACUACUCCAAUCCCAAAAAUAACCAGACCACCUGGGAGCGGCCGCAGGAUGCACAGAUCAUAUCUCCACCUGGUCCAGGUCCAAAUCCAAAUCUUCCUUCACCUGGCGGGUUCCCAUUCCAUCCUCCGCCACAACUUCCCACCCCACCCUCUGGCGGACCAUCCCAAUUAGUGCCCACCAGGGUGUGGUCUGAGUAUCAUACGCCAGAAGGGAAACUGUACUUCUACAACAAGAUCACGAAACAGUCCGUCUGGGAGAGACCCUCUGAUGUUGACCUCAUCUUACCUCUACCACCUGAAUUCAGUGCCACUGGCCCUCCAACUACUGACCAGAGUGCAGGUGGUACCUCUCGAGACAGUGCCCCCCAACAGAGCAGUGAGACAGACCAAGAGGAGGCAGCUGACCAAGGCAUGGACAUGGACGGUGUUGCCGUGACAGAGGGAGAGAGCCAAGAAGAACACCUCCACAGUCCACUGCUGGAGAGGCAGGUUGUAGAAGAAUCUAAUGUCCAACAGAAUAUAGUUUCUAAUUCAAUGCCACUCUUCAACCACCCCCCACCACCAUUCAUGGUCCCACCUAUGAUGAUGAUGAGAGCACCUCCUCCUGGUAUGGAGUUCCAGCCACCUCUUUUCAGACCCCCUGUGCAGAACCCACCUCUUUUAACCAAACCCCCUGGUAUAGACAAACCACAGACAGAAGUGGCUGAAGUGGAACAGAAGGAGGAACCCAAGGGUCCCCGUCCCAAGUCAAAUGUCCCCAUUCCAGGCAGUCCCUGGUCUGUGGUAUGGACAACUGAUGAGCGAUCAUUUUUCUUCAACGUGACAUCACGUACCUCUGUAUGGUCGCUGCCCAAAGACCUGGAGGGGAAUCCCCAUGUUUCUAAGAUAAUGGAUAAUCCACCGUGGGCCAGAAAGCGUGUUGGUGAGGUGAAACCAUCUUCAGAGACUAAGAGACUGCGAUUGGGCUCUCUGCCAGACGACUCUGAGGAAGAGGACAAUGAUGCUUCACCCGCUGCUGUGGCCAAUGAGACGGAGCCAGGUCUUCUGAGUCAUGAGGAGGAACAGAAACAAGCUGUAGCCAAAUCAGGCAAAUCACUCGAAGAGAGACAGAAAGACUUUAAGGAAAUGCUCCUUGAGAGAGAAGUGUCAGCAUUCUCUACUUGGGAGAAAGAAUUACCCAAGUUUGUGUUUGACCCUCGCUACCGCCUGCUGGUUGUCAAAGAGCGCAAGGCUUGUUUCGAAUCUUUCGUCUGCUCCCGAGCGGAAGAGGAAAGAAAAGAGAAGAAGUCGAAACUUAAGGAGAAAAGGGAGCAGUAUAAAGCUCUUCUGGAGGCAGCCAAACUCCACCCAAAGGCUAGCUUCAGUGAGUUUGCAUCGAAGUACAGUAGAGAUGAGAGGUUCAAGUCAAUAGAGAAGAUGAAGGAACGAGAGCAGCUGUUCUCAGAACACCUAUCUGAGCUCAAGAGGCGGAGCAAACAAAAGGAGGGAGGGCAGAAACAGUCAACCAAGCACAAAGCUGAGAAAACAAAGUCUGACUUCCUGGACAUGCUUGGUGAGAGUGAGGCCAUUACUGAGCGCUCCCAAUGGAAGAAGAUCAAGGUACUGUUUGAGAAGGACACUCGUUACAGAGCUGUGGAGAGCUCUGCUCAGAAGGAGGAGUGGUUCAAUGAAUUUGUGGGUGGUCUGUCUAGUCAGAGCAACGUAGAUCAGAAGAGACGAGAGAGGAUGCAGGCCAGUCUGAAGGAACGUGAAAGAGAGGUCCAGAUGAGCCGCUCAGCUCAGGAGAAAGAGUGGGGGCGGGAGAGAGACCAUCUCAGGAAGUCUGAAGCCAUUGAUGAUUACAAGUCCUUUCUUGUGGACAUGGUUCGCAGUGCUAAUGCCACCUGGUACGACACUAAGAGGUUACUUCGCAAUGACAGUCGAUGGAGAAUGUUUGAGACACUGGAUAUUGACGAAAAAGAGGGCCUGUUUCGAGAGCACGUGAGCAACCUCUCAGAGAAAAAGAGGCUUUGGUUUCGAAAACUACUUGAAGAGACGCCACAGAUAUCACUCACAAUGCCAUGGAAGAAGGCACGCAAACUGAUCAAAGAAGACCCACGCUAUAAGGCCUUUGGAGACUCUGACAAUGGCAGAGAGCGUGAAUAUGACAAGUUUCUACGAGACGCCAUGAUAUCUGCCAAGAAUGAUUUCAAAUCAUUACUCAAAGAGCUGAAGCUUAUCAAUUACAAGUCCAAAGAGAUGAUCGACGAAUCAGGCAGACACUACACGGACAUAGUGGAUGUGCUCAAGAAUGACAAACGAUACUUGGUGCUCGAGUGUAUAGCUGAUGAAAGAGAGAAAAUGCUCAAGGAUUACAUUGAUGAUCUCCACAAGAAGGGACCUCCCCCACCUCCCACUGCUACACACCCGUCAGAGAGACUCAGAAAGUCUGCGUUAGGGCCCCUAGUCACAUAACUCUAGCUAUAAUUAUGAGAUCACUGUUCACACUUGUGUAUUUUAUACUGAUUAGUUUUGACAUUGAUAAGCAUGAUAAAGUACCUUUGUUUGUGCGCUAUUGAA